AUGAUGUUGGACAAAGCAUCUACUAGAGAUGUUGUUUUAAUGUAUCGGUGGUUUCCAGAAGUAUUCAAGACUAGCAAAUUUAGUGCUUAUCUGCCUAUCAAAAUGUCAGUCACGUCAGAAUCUUUACCGACCGAAAAUAAGCGCCCGAAAAUUGAAAAUGGCGUCUCAUCCAGCCCCGUCAAACUCCGUUUCAAGAAAUUAACUGACCAAGCAACGACUCCUACUCGUGGUUCAGCGUUUGCUGCUGGUUACGACCUUUAUGCUGCAUAUGACGCUAUUAUUUCCGUUGGAGGCAGAGGAUUGGUCAAAACUGACAUACAAAUUGAAUUGCCUGAUGGAUGUUACGGCCGCGUUGCUCCGAGAAGUGGUUUAGCCUUGAAAAAUGGAAUCGAUGUGGGUGCUGGUGUUAUUGAUCAGGACUACCGCGGUAAUGUUGGCGUCGUACUUUUCAACUUUGGAGAAGAAAACUUCGUGGUUAAAAAGGGCGAUCGUAUAGCUCAGUUGAUUUGCGAGCGUAUUUUCUGUCCAGAAUUAGUGGAGUGUGAAUCACUAGAGGAAACACAACGUGGCUCAAGUGGUUAUGGUUCUACUGGAGUAUGA